AUGUUUUGCCUUCGAAGCUGGCUCCCACUCCUCUUCAUACCGACCAACGCUUCCCCGCUCUUUAUCCUUUCCUUCGUGAUACUCACCUACAUCCUCCAUCGACCAUGCAUCUACUGCUCUGCUCUGCUUCUGAUUCUCUUCACAUCAUCAUGCCAGUGGUCUGAUCGGUGUUUUCUCGACUUCCGCGGAGACUGGUUUUCGCCGCGCUUCAGCAGCGGGAUUAUUUCCUCCUCAGCACAGCAAGCUGCUUACAACAUAACUUCGUCGCCAAAUAAUCAAUCAAUGAUUGACUUCAACAAUAAUAAUAUCAACUAUAGCAAUGACUCGUUCGUGGGUUUUGUCAAAGACACUAUCAAUACUACGGCGACGGCCUUGGCGGGCGCCGCAAUCGAGGAGGCUAAGAGGAGGGUGUCUUCGGUGCUGGCGAACGGUAGUACUGGUGCCUCUUCAUCUGCGGUUGAGUAUAUUGUUAGCCAGCAGCAGCAAGGUGGAGAAUGGACUGGUAUUGGACUUGAGUGGCUGCGCAGUUUGUUAGGACGGAGGGAAUGGACGAUACCUUGUAUUGAUGUUAAGGUACGAUUGUAG